CUAUUUUUAUCACAUCAGUCGUGCAGACUACAUUGGAAAGUGUAAACAAUGUUUUUCACAGCAUUAACUACGUAGAAAUAAAUACGUAUCCAAUCAAUAGAAAGACAAAUCUCAAGAGGAAGGUGUGGAAAAACAGGAUUUUUUUAGAUACUUUCAAGUUACCAGUAAAUCAGUAACCAGUACGAACCUAAUGAGUGCCUAAUUGACCACUUAACCAGACCUCAAAUAAAAAAAAUGUUCAAAUUUUCGGAAGUCGUAACGAAUCUCUACUUGAGAUGUACAUUAGCCGGUCUAUCCGUAGACGAAUCGUCGGAGAUUUUCAAUCUAAACAUCAAUUGUUUCGAGGAGUUAUUCGAAUGGUUGCCAAUAGCUGAUCUCUUUACGCUUCGUCAAACGUGCAAACACAUGAAACACGUCGUCGACUAUUUCAUCCGAAGAAAUUAUCCGUCGAUUCAAAUUGGCUAUAAAAAAAUCGCCCUAUUUACAUCCGACCUAAAAGAGUUCCAUCGUCUGGAUCUCAUCACGCUCAAGGCAAUUCGAGAGAUUUUCUUCUGGACCGAAGAGUUAACACUGGACGAAAUCGAUUCGGUAAAAUGUAUACUGCCUCAAAUUGAGCGUCUAUUCAUCGGAUGGCCAACGGAGGGUGAAUUUUAUGGUGCAUUUUUACAGCAUUGCACCAACAUUAAAUUCCUAUCAAUGAGUAAAAAAUACAGCCCGAACGUUGAAAAUGAAUGGUUACUUCAGCAGUAUCCAAUGCUUGAGCAAUUUGUGGUGAAUGAUUUCGAUGUUGAUGGGCCGGAAUACGGUUGGCAAGUGCCUGAACUUCAGAUAUUCUUUCAACAAAAUCCAAAAUUACGCAUUUUUUCAACGACACUACAUUUUUUACGCGAAAAUCAACAGUACUUUUUGGACACCAACAUCACGUUGGAUCGACUGGAAAUUCAGGGGCAUGGCCAAAACUUGGAGCCGACUUGUGAUUUAUUGAAUACACUUUAUGGGCAAGGAUUUUUUAAGCAAUUACAUUUAUAUUUGAUGGUUUUUACCGUAUACGAUCUUAAUCAGACCGGUUCGUUGCGUGGCCUCGAAAAAUUAUACCUAGCCAAUCGGUGUUUGGACGACAAAGAUGAAAUCAUUUUACCGAAGCUAGAAAGUCUCAAGGAAAUUGGAUUUAAUUAUGGAAAUAAUGAAGACAAAUUGGAAUCGGUUGCAAUGAAUUUGACGAACAUUGAACGUGUUUACUUUGAAAAAGCCACGUUGAAUGAUGUCUUACAUUUUGUCCGGCAUUCGAGGUGGGUCACAUUAAUUCAUGUUGGGGAAUUUAUCCAAUUUGGAGGUGCGGAAAAUGAGGACAGAACCAUUGAUUUGGACGCUAUUAAUGAAUACCGAAAAGCUCUGGUAGGGGCUACUAAGGUCACAAUUCAUGUUAAUGAGGCAAUUUUCUUGAGAACAAAGUACACAAGAACAACCAAGUUGGAUAUGGUUGAAUUGAAACGCACCGAAGCAUAUAAUUGGGAACAUUUAACAUUCUAAUUUAUUUUUAGCGCAUUUUAGUUCCAUUAUGUGUCGCUUAGGAUUUGAGUAGAAUUUAUGAGAUGAAAUUGGACAUGCUGGCUGUAUUAAUGAUUUACAUUAUUUUUUUAAGUCGCCAGAUGUUUUACUUUUCCGCACACACCUAGUGUGUAAGAGGAAAGUAUUUUAGAAUCGCUAUGGAUCGUUCAAUGUCAAUCGAAAAUGCUGCCAGGACAUUUUUCUUUGCAUCAGGAAACCAUUUACUUCAAUAUCGAUGAUUGAGAUCCGUAAUAACAUUUCUUUCAAGCGCAUUAUUAACAACAAAAACGAAAUAGGUUCAACGCUUUUUCUAAUUUCAAAACGUUUAAGCGGUGGACUUGAUUCCAAUUCAAGCAUUGAGCAUGAGGAUCGAGGCGAAAUAAUACGGAUGGAGCAAUGUCCUUUAUUUAAUGGAAUAAUUAUUUCGUAAUCAUCAAAUGUAUUGUAUAUCCCAUAUAAGACUUUGAGAUUGAGAUUUGAGAACAAUAAAGAACAUUUUCACGCAAACUUAGAACAUAAGACAAAAAUCAGAA